CAGCUAUUUGGUGUAGUUUACGUUCUAAAGCUGUGUUUUUUGUGUGCGUAAAUAUGCAAGAUGGAUCAGCCAUUGAGUAUGUACUCAAUUAAACAUAAUCAUUACUCAAAUCGAAAGAGCAAAGUUUGGGAGUUUUUCUGCGCAUUGCAAUUGGAGAACAAAUACAUUGAAGUGGACAAGGUGUUCUGCCGAUUAUGUUUGGAUGUUCAGAAAAAAGACGACGAAACAACAAUCUUUUCAUGGUAAUAAUUAAGUUCCUUUUUUUAAGAUUCAAGUAAGAUUUUGUAAAUUGUUUCAGUGCUAAAAUUCAGUCGUAUUCCACGAACUGUUCCACAGGGAAUUUAAGUCGACACCUUAAAAAUGAACACAACAUUCGAGAUAUCGACAGUCCGAGUACUUCAUUGGCUACACGUGGAUCAAUAUCAAAUUUUUUCAAAAAAUCGACGCCAAUUAUAUCUCCAAAAGAUAGUAAGUGGGCGCUGGGACAAGAGCUAGCUUUGUAGAUAGCUAGAGAUUUGCUACCAUUUAAUAUAAUUUGUCACAGUGGACUUAAAGACUUUUUAAAAAAAUAUAGAGUUGUGGCAACUGAUGCUGACAUUCCACACUACAAAACGCUGUCACCAACUGCACUAGACGAUGUGUAUGAAUGUAUUUUACGAGCAGUUACACGGAUAGUAUCUGGACAAAAACAUUUUGCCUUAACUUUCGACUUGUGGACAGAUAACUAUAGAAGAAGAAGUUAUGUAACGUUCACCUUCCAUUUUCUGUCAGCGAAUUUUGAGAUGAAGCAUUUAACGCUGGAAACAAAAUAUUUGUCAAAAUCGCACACGGCAAGUAACAUUUUAACAGAGGUGAAAGAAGUUACUCAAAUGUAUAAUUUGCAAAUGGGAUCUAAUUAUGUCGUAACCGACCAAGGCAGCAAUAUCAAAAAAGCUAUUAAUUUGGGGUGUAUAAAAAACCACUUCUGCCUUGGACAUGGACUACAUAAUUUGCUAAAUGUAGAAGGUUACAAUUCAGAGCCGGAAAUUAAAAAUUUGAUUGUGAAGUGCAAAAAUAUUGUGAGUGCCUUACGAUUCAAGACACAUGUCUUGAGAUGUCAAGCUGACGAACUUCAAAAGGGAGUUUUGUCAAAUAUCGACAAUUUAGAAGAACUGGCAUCCGAAGAUAAUGAAUGGGUCGACUACGAUGAUGAUUUUGGCCCGUUAGAUGAUGUUCCCUUGCAAACUUACAAGAAUAUUAACAACCCUAACGACUUGCAAAGUAGUUUGGUGGACAAGAGAAAUGUUUCACUUAAGAACUCGGUCCCAACAAGGUGGCACAGCGUGUUAAUGUUAGACAGUCUUGGGUGCCAAAGAGCCGCAUUAAAUAAGUUGCUCACAAGCAGCAAUAAGACUCAUUUAAUAUUAUUAGAAAAUGAAGCACAGCUUUUAUAUAAAUUAUGCGACUUCUUUAAAAAAUUUAAAGAUGCAGUUACCGGUUUGUCUGGAGAUUUGUAUCCAUCAAUAAGUCUUGCGUUAGUGAUUAGAACAGAAAUCGUCUCAAUAUUGGAAGAACCUGAGAAAAAUGAGCCGCUUGUUUUGACUCUUAUGAAAAGCCAUAUAAAAAAUAGAUUUGAUUCAAGGUUCCCGAUAUCGGAUAUACUAGUCUGCGCAUCCCUAUUAGAUCCACGAUUCAACUCACUUGAUUGUGUGUUGAAGUAUUGCGAGAAACAAAGUUUAAAAAGAAACGAUUUUUUGUUUAAAAUGUUUAAAGAGCUGAUUGGAGAUGUUGAACAAGAUAGCGAUCAGCAGCAAGAGUCUCAUUCUGCAAGCAAAAUCUUAAAGCUUGCUCAACGGCAUUCGACCAAUACCAAAGAUAGCAAUUUGGAAGCUGAAUGCCAUCUACUCCUAAGUUUAUCUUCAUGUCAAGACGUAUUGACAUUUUGGAAGGAAAAGGCACCUGCAAUGCCCUUACUUUCGAAGCUGGCAAAAAAAGUGUUGUGUAUUCCUGCAACGAGCACUCCAAGUGAGCGAGUUUUUUCUAUUGCUGGUCUUACAAUUUUCAUACAUGACAAUUACGACACUUGCUAAGAAAGUUUAACUUAAAUUUACAAAUUGAAGAGAUAAAAAUGAACUGAAUUGAAAACUGAACAUUAAUUAUAUCUAGGGAAAAUUAUUAGCUUGUAAAUUAAAAGCGUUUUUACGCAUACUGAAUGAAACUUAUUCAAGUCAAGGAAAAAGACUGAUAUUUUUAUACCCUUGCAGGGUA